AUGUUCUCAGUGAAGAAACCACAGGAUGAGUGGGGCUGCGACAAGAAAAAUCUGACUUCUAAAGAUCCUGAAUUUCCUUCUUUCUGGGGAUUGGUGAACUCAGCUUGGAAUCUUUGCUCUGUGGGGAAACGGCAGUCUCCGGUCAACAUAGAGACGAGUCACAUGAUCUUCGACCCCUUCCUGACGCCACUUCGCAUCAACACUGGGGGCAGGAAGGUCAGUGGAACUAUGUACAACACUGGAAGACAUGUGUCCCUCCGCCUGGACAAGGAGCAUUUGGUCAACAUAUCAGGAGGGCCCAUGACAUACAGCCACAGGCUGGAGGAGAUCCGGCUACACUUUGGAAGCGAGGACACCCAGGGGUCAGAGCACCUUCUCAAUGGACAGGCCUUCUCUGGGGAGGUGCAGCUCAUCCACUAUAACCACGAGUUAUACACGAACGUCACAGAAGCUGCAAAGAGUCCAAAUGGAUUGGUGGUAGUUUCUAUAUUUAUAAAAGUUUCUGAUUCAUCAAACCCAUUUCUUAAUCGAAUGCUCAACAGAGAUACAAUCACAAGAAUAACAUAUAAAAACGAUGCAUAUUUACUACAGGGACUUAAUAUAGAGGAACUCUAUCCAGAGACCUCCAGUUUCAUUACCUAUGAUGGGUCAAUGACUAUCCCGCCCUGCUAUGAGACAGCAAGUUGGAUAAUAAUGAACAAACCCGUCUAUAUCACCAGGAUGCAGAUGCAUUCCUUGCGCCUCCUCAGCCAGAACCAGCCAUCCCAGAUCUUUCUGAGCAUGAGUGACAACUUCAGGCCCGUGCAGCCACUCAACAACCGCUGCAUCCGCACCAACAUCAACUUCAGCCUACAGGGGAAGGACUGUCCAAACAACCGAGCCCAGAAGCUCCAGUACAGAGUAAAUGAAUGGCUCCUCAAGUAG